CUCUCCCGCUAAGUCACAACUAAAUUCAGCAAAGAGGAAACCGUUCCUCAGCCACCGCACCUCGUCGCCGCCGGAAUUCGAGCGUCUGCUGGAUCAUAUCUGCUAGAUUGAUGGAUGAUUGACAUUUUGCUAAAUCUAGUUUCCAAGUUGAGUAUUGACAUUUGCAGAAUAAAGGAUGACUUGUAUUGUUAAAUCUGGUUUCCAAGUUGAGUAUUAAUAAGUGCAGAAUGUUGAAUGACUGAUUUGUGAUGGGAAGCCGUCUGCAGAAAUGGGCAAAUAGCCCUAGUUUGGCGAUGUUUUGAGCUACCAUAGGCUGCGUUUGCAGCUUCAUUUCCCCCCUUUUCCUAGGGCUGGAGGAUUGGCCGGCCACUGGUGAUCUGAGCUGUCUUCAGAUGGCGAUGAUGCUUCUCAGCUGCACUGCUGCAGCUGGAGCUUAUCACAUGGGAUAUCUGUCCAGGAACCACGCUAUUCUGCCGGAUGCGCCUGGUUUCUGUGGAUCGCCGAUGGAGAAGCGUAUCAACAGUAUGGCAUUUUUCUUCUGCUAUUUGACAUUCUUACAGUGGGGUACUUGGCCCAACAUUGUGGGACUGGAGUUGCUGUGUGUGGCUGUUUUCGUGCUGGUGGAGAUGGCCCGUCCUGUUUCCAAAGUCUUCAUGCUGUACUAUUAUAGCAUUCCUGCUAUUGCAGCUGUUCACUGCCAUGGUUGGGACCUUUUCUACCUCGACUGGCCCAUGCUCACUGUGCCCGUGACACUCUUCCUCAUCGGGUGGAGGAUCACCAUGCUGCGUAUUGCUGGGCCGGCUUUGGCCCAACCCUGAUCCGUCCCAUCGGGUAUCGGAUGUUACUGCUGCUAGAAGGAAUGAAGGAUUAGGAAUUUGGAGCUUAGCUAGUAAAGUGGUAGUAAAUCUUGACUCUUGAAUCUCUAGUUUCUUACUUUUGCAAAAAUGAAUUAGGAAUUAGUAAGUUUAGACUUUUGUAAUCAAGGUGUGUGGAUACGUGUGGCCCAUCGUUUAGCUUGAGCAUCCAUGGAUUUCCCCAAUGUGUAUGUACCUCGACUUUUGUGCAGGAAUGAACGUAGAAAAAAAUAUUAGUAAAAUCUUGAAUGAUUUAUAUUUUA